AUGCCAGAAUCACGCUCCACGGAACCACUUGUAUGGAUCGACUGCGAAAUGACCGGUCUAGACACUUCAAAAGACACAAUCAUGUCCAUAGCCUGCUUCAUAACCGACCACGAACUAAACCUACUUGACCCAAACGGCUACGAAGCAAUAAUCUCCCACACCGAAACCCAACUCGGCACCAUGGGAGAAUGGUGUAAAUCCCACCACGGCUCCUCAGGCCUCACAGACGCCUGUCUCACCUCCUCAACAACCGCCGAAACCGCAGCUACCGAAUUGCUCUCCUACAUCCAGAAAUUCGCCCCGGAACGCAAGAAGGCGCUGCUGGCGGGCAAUACUGUACACGCGGAUCAAAGGUUUUUGAGGCAGGAGCCUUGGAGGAAGGUGGUGAGUCAUUUGCAUCAUAGGAUUCUGGAUGUGAGUUCUAUAAAAGAGGCGGCGAGGAGGUGGGCGAGUGAAGAGGUUAUCAAGAAGAGUCCGCAGAAGAUGGGGAAACAUGAGGCUAAGGCGGAUAUCUUGGAGAGUAUUGAGGAGGCGAGGUUUUAUAAGAGGGUGUUUUUUGACAAGGCGGUUUUGGAGUGA